AGAGAGAGAAAGAAAGAGAGGUACAGAGAGGUACAGAGAGAGAAAGAAGAAAGCGAGAGGCCUCUUAUAUAUCCGUAUCCGGUCACUUUGGAGAGAGUUUGCGAGUGGCCGUGUGGGGCGACCAGUCAGCACCGGGAACCCUGAGCCUGAAGGGGGGUCUUCAUCAGUCUCUUGAAUGGCGGGUCAAUGUGGCCGGACAGUAAGCCCGCACCAGUAGUCAAGCCCUCUCGGCCCCAUCGACUCCUGCAGGUUUUGGAACCCGAAUGAACCGAGGCUUUGCGUCGCAGCACGAUGCCAACCCAUCUGUGGACAGGAUCAACUUCUCCUGACGUGUGAUUGGGGAUCUGACGUGACUUUAGUCUUAUUCUGCACAUUCCACUGGCUCAAGCAAAGGUCCUGCAACUGAAAGAAAAGAUGACAUCUGCCACACCCCCUUCCUCUCGUAGCUCCUCCCCUCAGAAAGUUUGCCACUCCCAGACGCAAACAGAUGUUCUGAAGCCCUUAUUAGGCAGCGGCGAGUCUGGAGGGGCCGGGAACUUGAGGCGGAGGAGGCGUGUGCUGUCCAAAGAUGGCCGAAGCAACGUGCGCAUCGAGCACAUCAGCGGCAGGAGCGCGCUCUACAUGCGCGACCUCUGGACCACCUUCCUGGACAUGCAGUGGCGCUACAAGUUCUUCCUGUUCACGGCCACUUUCGCCGGGACCUGGUUCCUCUUCGGUCUGCUCUGGUAUCUGGUGGCCCUGGUCCACGGCGACCUGUUGGAGUUCGACCCCCCGUCCAACCACACGCCGUGUGUGAUGCAGAUGCAGACCCUCACCGGGGCCUUCCUCUUCUCCCUGGAGACGCAGACCACCAUCGGCUACGGCUUCCGCUGCAUCACCGAGGAGUGCCCCGCAGCCAUCCUCCUCCUCAUCAUCCAGCUGGUCAUCACCAUGGUGAUGGAGAUCUUCAUCACCGGCACCUUUCUGGCCAAGGUGGCGCGGCCGAAGAAGCGCGGCGAAACGGUGAAGUUUUCCCAGCAUGCCGUGGUGUCCACCAACGAGGGUCGCCCCUGCCUCAUGAUCAGGGUAGCCAACAUGCGCAAGAGUCUCCUGUUAGGAUGCCAGGUGACGGGUAAGCUGCUUCAAUCGUCGCUCACCAAGGAGGGGGAGACGGUGCGUCUGGACCAGAGGAACGUGCCGUUCCAGGUGGACACCUCCAGUGACAGCCCCUUUCUCAUCCUCCCGCUCACCUUCUACCACACCAUCGACGACAGCAGCCCUUUGAGGGCCUGGGCUGCCAAGGGCGGCGGAUGGACCGACCCUGACCUGGCCGACUUCGAGCUGCUGGUCAUCCUGAGCGCCACGGUGGAGCCCACCUCGGCCACCUGCCAGGUGCGCACCUCCUACCUGCCCGACGAGAUCCUGUGGGGCUACGAGUUCCCGCCCGUCGUCUCCCUCUCCCCGUCGGGGAAGUACGUGGCCGACUUCGCCUUCUUCGACAAGGUGGCCAAAACCAAGACCACGCCCUUUUUCCAUUCGCCCUCCACGGACCCCAACCCGUCACCUCCUCCACCACAACCCCCCCCCCAGCCGGGCUACCAGAGCGGCAGGGGGGGGUCCGUACCGGAGGGGACCGACCCGGACAAGAUCCGCCUGGAGCAGAGCUACCGGCAGGGGGCUCAGGAUCAGGGGAGGGUCCGGGACAGCGGCCCGCUCAGCGUACGCAUCAGUAACGUCUGA